GCUAAGCGAUGGAUAAUGACAGUCAUUCGCGUUGUCGGGGCCCAACUCGCCGAGCACCGAUCCUGGUCCUUGAUCGGCAUUUGGAGCCAAGUAGGUAUAUAUUCACAGCGUGAUGGGGACGCUGCUUGGACAUAAUGUCGCAACUCUCAACAUCAAACCUGGCCACUGCUAAGGCAGCAUCUCGACGAGACAGUGUCCAACGAUGCUUGACAAACGAGGAGGGCCUGUCAUCCCCGACAUUCCCAUCUGUGCCGUCUUCCUCGCCCUCUACAUCGGAUUUGCAGCUGCGAACAUGACCAUCCUCCAAAUAAAUGGUCGAAGAAGCCACAAGUUCCUUAUGUCGGGAAUGCUAUUUGGCUUUUGUAUGGCACGGAUCACCACCCUAGUCUUGCGCAUCGUCUGGGCCAAUCGACAGCAUAACAUCCGACUCGCCAUUGCCGCCAAUAUCUUUGUCAAUGCCGGUGUUCUCCUAGUAUACAUCAUCAACUUGCUUCUCGCACAGCGUAUUCUUCGAGCGAAGCAGCCUCGGCUCGGCUGGAAUCCCGUUUUGCGGGUUGCAUACAAGAUCCUUUACGCCCUCGUCGCUGCAGCUUUGAUCAUGGUCAUCACGGCUACUGUUGUCAGCGUUUAUACCCUGGACAAGCAUACGCAGUCACAAUGCCGCGAUGUCCAACUGGCAGCCAUAACUCUUCUUCUUGUCAUUACCUGUCUUCCUAUCCUGCAUCUCCUGGCUGCGUUUCUGUUUCCACGAUCCGACCAGGAGGAAUCAUUCGGAAAAGGAAGCAUGGCCAGCAAAGUCAUCAUCGUGAUCCUAUCGUCUGCGCUGUGCAUCCUCAUCGCGGGCUUCAAGGCUGGCGCAAACUGGAGUACGCCUCGGCCAGUCACCAACCCCGCCUGGUUCCAUUCCAAGGCCUCCUUUUACGUGUUCAACUUUGUCCUCGAGAUCCUUAUCCUUUGUCUUCUGACCUUCAGUCGCAUCGACAAGCGAUUCCAUAUUCCGAAUGGAUCUACAAAGCCUGGUGACUAUAGUCGUCUCGGACUGCAGUUGGAUAAAGGAGCAGAAGAGGAUCGGGCUUCUGCUUCUGUUGAGAUGAAGAAUAGUGCAUAACCGCCAUGAAGCGGAUGUCAAAAAGGGGUCAAUAGAGUGAAGGGCCUUAAAUAGUAAUAUUAGAACUUUAACGAUAUCUCAUAUCAAUACUGAUGAUGAUCAAGAAUGUAAUUAAAAUGCAAUCCACCA